AUUUGCACUCAAUUACUUUAUUUGCUGCCUCCUCUGUAGCUGCCAGACCUGCUUCUGCUGUUGCUCAGGGAGAGCAUCUGGGGAGUACCUUGGUGACCACUGAGAAGAUGAUGAGCUCAAACUAUUGGAGUGAGAUGAGCAGCAGCAGCUGUGGGACUCAGCAAUCCCCAGAAGUGCUGCAGUGCCAGCCCCAGCAUUACCGCUGCUACCAUCAGUCAAGACAAGCCCAGCAGCCUCCAGAAAAAAAUGUAGUGUAUGAGCGAGUGAGGACCUACAGUGGGCCCAUGAACAAGGUGGUUGAGGCCUUGGACCCCAUCGGCUCACGGGAAGUGUGCUCCCCUCUCAAAACUGCCUCCUCCUACCAAAGCUUGCUUUGGAGCGACCGUUCCCAGGAACUUCAUUCUACAACUCUGAAAAUAUCUACUUGUGCCCCAAACACUGUACAUAUAACCCCAAAUAUUGAACAGGAACUCCAUUCUCCAACAGUGAAAGUCACUACAUAUCCGCAGACCACUAUUAGGCAAUAUGUAGUGCAAAAUCCUGAACAGGAACCACUGUCGCCAUUCCUAAGAGGAGGCCAUUUCUUUCCAGGAAAUAAUGUCAUUUAUGAAAAAACUAUAAGAAAAGUGGAGAAGCUAAAUACGGAUCCGGUGAUAAUUCAGGAUGAUGGCCCUGAAAAAUUGGACCCCAAGUAUUUUGGAGAGUUGCUUGCUGAUCUAUGCCGUAAAAAUACAAAUCUAUAUCACUGCUUAUUAGAACAUUUGCAGAGAAUUGGAGGAAGCAAACAGGACUUUGAGUCUACAGAUGAGUCAGAAGACACUGAAUCGUUGAUUCCUAAAGGAUUGUCAGAAUUUACAAAACAGCAAAUUCGCUAUAUUCUGCAGAUGAGGGGUAUGUCUGAUAAAUCACUCCGGCUAGUGCUGUCCACAUUCAGCAACAUACGGGAGGAACUUGGAAAUCUUCAGAAUGACUUGACAUCACUGGAAAAUGACAAGAUAAGACUUGAGAAAGACUUGGCAUUCAAAGAAACUCAAAUAAAAGAGUAUGAAGAACUCUUAGCAUCAGUGAGAGCAAAUAAUCGCCAGCAGCAGCAAGGACUUCAAGACUCAACCUCAAAAUGCCAAGCAUUGGAAGAAAACAAUCUUUCUCUUCGGCAUACACUAUCAGACAUAGAAUAUAAACUAAAAGAACUGGAAUACUGUAAGCGUAAUUUAGAGCAAGAGAAUAAAAAUCUUAGAGUGCAGUUCUCAGAGACUUGCACAGGCCCGAUGCUGCAGGCUAAAAUGGCUGAGAUUGGCAACUAUUACAUGGAGAUGGUAAAAAGCUUAAGAAUGGAGAAAGAUAGAGAGAUCUGCAAACUAAGGACUCAAUUAAAUCAGUACCAAAAAGAUGUUUCAAGAAGAGAAGGAAGUUGCAGUGACUUCCAAUUCAAGAUUCAUGAACUGACAAGCUUGCUGGAAGAGAAGGAUUCCCUUAUAAAGCAUCAAUCGGAGGAACUCUCGAAGUUGAGACAAGAAAUAUAUUCAUCUCAUAACCAACCCUCCAGUGGUGGAAGGACAACUAUUACCACUAGAAAGUACAGGUCACAAUAUCCUAUCUUAGGCCUCCUGUAUGAUGACUAUGAAUAUAUACCACCAGGUAGUGACACACAGACUAUUGUGAUUGAGAAAAUAGAAGACAAAUGGACUUGUCCGUGAAUGAAUCUCCAACUCAAAGGAAAUUUUUUUUGUCUUCAUUAGUACUUUGUUAUUUUUCCAUAACUAAAGCCAAUCAAUAUUUUGAACCAAGCUACUACCCAGGAAGUCUAAUGGAAUUAAUUAGAUAUACAGAUGAGAGUUUCUCCAACCAUUUAUAAGGCCUGAAUCCUUUCUAUCACAUUUUUAUAUUCAGUAUAGCAACACACCACUUUUUUUUUAACAUCUUUAUUGGAGUAUAAUUGCUUGACAAGGGACACCACUUUUAAAACUCAAUUACAGGCACUGUAGGACUUAAUCCACUAUUUUUCAAUAGGGUGCUUCCUAGACACUGAAUUAACUUUGUUGGGGUAGAGAUUUUACAAGUUAUUCCAUUAGAAGAUUUUUCUAUGAUAUUAGAUGUGCAAUUUAGCUACAAGAGUAAAUACUGUGUUUUAACAACAACAAAAAGCAAUACUAUUGAAUUAAAAACAACAGUUUAGUGCAUGGUAUAUACAGCAUAUAUUUGCUUUUCUCACAUUAGACUUUGUGAAUAAAAGAGGUGAUUUAUUACAUGCUAUUCAUACCUCUUGGAGACAGAACUAAAUCAAAGGUGAUGAUUAAUUUCAUUUAGCAGGGAAGUGGGAAGCAUAUUUUUUAAAAUACCUAAAUCCACUAAAUUGUACAUUAUGCUAUUAUGGUUCUAAGUACGUAUCAGUAGCUUGGCAAAUCUGUUCUUUUGAAGCAUAUCAUCCCCAAGUGAGCCCACCCACUUCCUUAAAAACCUGUAACACUGGGCUUCCCUGGUGGUGCAGUGGUUGAGAGUCCGCUGCCAAUACAGGGGACACGGGUUCAUGCCCUGGUCCGGGAAGAUCCCACAUGCCGCAGAGCGGCUGGGCCCAUGAGCCAUGGCCGUUGAGCCUGCGCAUCCGGAGCCUGUGCUCCGCAAUGGGAGAGGCCACAACAGUGAGAGGCCCACAUACCGCAAAAAGACAGACAAACAAACAAAAAACCUGUAACACUACUAUUAUAGUAACUGGUGGAAGGAAGGUGGGCUUUUUUUUUUAUAGCAGUAGACAAAACAACAUUGAAAUACUGUGUAAAAGCUUAAGGAAUAAAAAUAACGAAAA